UCACGUCCCUUUGCCUUUUCUAGUUACUGUGCCAUAACUCCGAUGGAUUCAUCAGGUUUCUGCAUAACCUGAUCAAGAAAAUUAUACACUGUCUUGAUGCGCUUGCUUUGCAUUGGUUGAGCCUCUUUAUUCUCCCUUUUCUCUUCAGCGCUUAGGCAUCUGCGGAUGGAUCGUGUCGAUGCUUUGAUGCAGUAAUCUAAUCAUCCCUUUCGAGCCAGAUAUCAGUUUCUUCGUUGCUUGUUAUUGAUCUUGUACAGCUUUGGAGUCGUGUCCCAUGGCAACCAAAAUGAAGGGCCUCUUGAAAGGCCUGAGGUACAUCUCCCAAAUAUUCGAGAAUGAGAAGGAGCAGGAAAUGGAGAUAGGGUUUCCCACAGAUGUAAAGCAUGUGGCUCACAUAGGAUGGGAUGGUCCCUCUGUUACUUCUCCCGGCUGGAUGAACGAGUUCAGAACAGCGCCGGGCGUUUCUUCAGCUCCUUUGGGUGUCCCUGGAGAUACGAAUGGCGACGGUUCCGUCCGGUCGGUAGGUUCUGAAGACUCGAGCCGACGGGGGACCCAAACCCCGACCUUUCCGAGCUCCCCAGCCCGGGACUUGCCCGAACUUCCCAAAUCAUCGAGACGGCACUCGACCGGCAUCCCGACGGAUUCCCCCACCAAAUCUAGAUCGGACAAAUCGUCGAGAGGGUCCAGGCGGGCCUCGAAAGGCUCUCCUGCCAGAGACCCGUCCGACCCCGUGCGGAAGCUCCAGGACUCGAGCCCCGGAGCCGGGUCCGAGUCCCCGAGGAAGAGCAAGUUGCCCGACAUCCCGAAGAAGUCCAGGAGAAAGAAGUCCAAAGAGUCCUCCUCCGUGGGCGGGUCCUCCAGGUCGUCGACGAGGUCGAAAGCCCAGGCCCAAGCCGAGGCCGAACCUCCGACCUACGGCGCUCCCUUCUCGGAUCCCGGCUCCGGGACCGUGUCCAUGUUCAAAAACAUGGAUCUCCACCGGACCUCGGAUUUGGGGUCUUCUAGAGAGGGGGGCGACAAGGAAACUUAGAGAGUU